AUGCCAUUAAGUAUAUCUCUAAGGGAUGAUGUAGCUGAACUACUGAAUGUACCAGUAGUAUUAUUAUUUUUUUUCUUUCCACGUCUUGAAUUUGAUGACGUUAUGAGAGAGAUAAUGUUAAGUAACUUAAAUGAUAAAACUGACGAUAUUUAUAAUAAUGAUCAUCAAAUAAAUCAUAUAGCCGAGUGUUCUAAGAAUACCAGUAAAAAUAAAAAAAAUAAUUUCGAUGGAAUUGAUGAAAUGAUGGAUGAUGAUCGACAAGAGCAAAAUAUAGAGAGUGAUAAUCAGCAAGAACAAGAAGUUGAUGAUACUAGUUUUUCAGUCGAUGAAGAUGAAGCAUUGGAUUAUACUAUCGAAGUUGAAGAGUUUGCUUUUGAACAUCAUGAUUAUAAUCUACAUGCCUCUAAACCAGAUCAAACAUCAUCAAUCGAU